GGAGUCUCAUUCAGUAGCCCAGGCUGGAGUGCAGUGGCAUGAUCUUGACUCACUGCAACCUCUGUCUCCUGGGUUCAAGCAAUUCUCCUGCCUUAGCCUCCCAAGUAGCUGGCAUUACAGGCAUGCACCACUAUGCCCAGCUAGUUUUUGUAUUUUCAGUAGAGACAGGGUUUCAACAUGUUAGCCAGGCUGGUCUUGAACUCCUGACCUCAAGUGAUCUGCCUGCCUCAGCCUCCCAAGGUGCUGAGGUUACAGGCGUGAGCCACUGUGCCGGCGCAAGACAUUUUUAAUUAUUUUGAUUGGGAAAGAACAAAUCAUCCCUGUUAAGGCAGGCUGAAAUGAUGAUUCAUUUAGCAAAUAAACAUACAGAGUUCUUACUAUAGUCUGAAAACUGUGCUAGAUACUGGGAAAACACAAACCUGUUUCUUUCCCUUGGAAAACAGAGAUGCCAACAAGCAGUUGAAUGCAAUGUGGUAAGAACUAAAACAGGUGUACAAAUGUUGUGGGAGCAUAGAGGAGGCAGUUACCAGUUCUAUUUAGAGAAGUUGAGGAAAACUUCUGAGAUAAAUUGAUAUUUAGAUUAGAUCUAAAGGCAUCUUACCAAGGAAUGAACGGGAAGUGCAUUUCAGUCUGGACAAAUAUGUUCAGCAUGAAUAAAAAUGGCAUGUAUGGAAAAUUAUGGCAAUGUGAUCAGUUAAGCUAGAGAGGACAUCAUGGGUGAGAGUGAGGAAGACUGUAUUUUUUUCUGUUUCUGUUGAGAUGAAGCAAGAGAAGGGAAAUUUAAAUUUAUAUAAAGAAAAAACACGGUUAAGUAAGGGUUUUUUUUUUUUAGGUGAAAGGACUUGAAUAUUCUUACAUGGUGAGGGAAAGGGGUGAAUGGAAAAUGAGUUUUAAGAUACAGGAAAGAAAGGAGAUAACUGAUUAACCAGGUCCCUGAGGAGAUUGGUCCCUGAGGAGAAUCCAGGGCACACACAAGUGGAUAGGAGAAAGAAUAGAUGAAGAUGCAGAUAGGAGUAUGAAUAGGGUGUCAUUAAGUUGAGAGAGUUCACACAAACUUUAUUUUCUUAGGGAAGUAGUAAGAUGUUUUACCUGUCAAGAAAGAAAAGGAGAAGACUUAGAGUUGAAGGCCUGAAAGGGCAGCAAAAUUUGGAACAACCAUUAAAGGGAAUGAAAAUAAAAACUAGCAAUGGCAAAUCUGGGUGUUAAGGGCAAAGCUGAGACUCAAACCCAUAAACUUUUAGGGACACCAAUCUUUAUACUUGUGUGAUUUGCUUUUGGAGAAUGAUGGAGGGAGAUGGUUGGAAUAUAUACUACUGGAGUCUUUUGGGUUGGCUGUGAUGGAAAGACAAAGAGGAAAGGAAACUUAAGGAUGCUGGCAAGAGAACUGUCGAAACAAGGAGAUGGGAGGAAUAAAGAGAAGGCUAACAACGUGCAGAACAUGAAGAAAAACAGGUGAGGUAGAAAAGAGAGGUAAAGAUAGUUAGAAUUUAUGUCAAGAGAUUGUAUGGCUAGGAAGAGUUAACUAUAUGGGCUUUGAAAUCUCUAAAAGCUUUGGGAGAAGAGGAAGAGUAUAAACUAGUAAGAAGGUGAACCAGAAGCCAGAAUCCUCCAAAAAUGAUUGCCAGUGAUAACACAGAACAGAGGAAAAAAAAGAGGUACAAUGUGGUGUAGUCAUAUGACCUAGGCUUCAGAUGAGAUCAUAGGGUCAGAAAUAAGGAACAACAAGUAAUAAACCACUUUUCUGUCUUUAUUUUUCUUUUAACAUGUAUUCAGUGACAAUAAUAGCUAUAUAAAUCUUAAACAACAGAGAAAUAUAUGGAGGAGAAAAUAAGUUUCUUUCCCCCACUUAGCCUUAUAUCCUUUGAAAGCCUUCUCAAUGCAUUUACAUGCAUGCAUAUAUAAUUUUGGGGUGUUUCGACAAAAGUUGAUAAUGCUGUAUGUUUUUUGCAGUUGGCUUUAAAAAAUCUUGGAUCUCUUUCAAUGGCUAACCCUUUAGUUCAAAACAUCUCAUAGUAAUAGAUAUACCAUUAACCAUUUCCCAUUGAUAGAUGGUCAUUUUGUUUCCAUUUUUUUCACUAUUACAAACAAUGCUGUAGUAUUAUUGUACAUACUUUUUUGUGCAUAUAAGGAUUUCUCUACAAUACUUAUUAGUGAAACUGCUAAAUUGAAGAUUACGUCCAAUUAAUAUUUUGAUAAAUUCUGUUAAUUUCCCUUUUAAAAAUGCCGUGCCAAUUUACAUUCCUGCCAACAGUGUAUGAGAUUAGACUGUUCCUCACGUCCUCGCCAGGGAUAAAUAUUGUAAUUCUUUUUGAAAUUUAAGAUAUCACUUUCCGAGGUGGAGCAGACAAAUUAGAGGCAGGUUUGCUUUUUUUUUUUUCUCAUUAAACUUUUUUAAUGGGUCUCAAAAUUCUGUGACGAAUUUUUGGAUAAGUUGUUUCCAUUAAAAAGUACUGAUUUAAAAAACUAAUAACUUAAAACUGCCACACGCAAAAAAGAAAACCAGUGGUCCACAAAACAUUCUCCUUUCCUUCUGAAGGUUUUACGAUGCAUUGUUUUCAUUAACCAGUCUUUUACUACUGAACUUAAAUGGCCAAUUGAAACAAACAGUUCUGAGACCGUUCUUCCACCACUGAUUAAGAGUGGGGUGGCAGGUAUUAGGGAUGAUAUUCAUCUAGCCUUCUGAGCUUUCUGGGCAGACUUGGUGACCUUGCCAGCUCCAGCAGCGGUGAAGACUGCUGCUGUUGUAAUGAGGCAGGCUUGAGUUUCUGUCUCAGUUUUGCCACUUGCUAUCUGUACUGUCAGGGUGUUGUGGUUAAGUUUACCUUUGGGGCGCAGAAAAAGCAUAUUUAUGGUGAGAGUUCGGUAGCAUUUAUCAUUAUAAUAGAACUGGGAGCUAAUAUAGGCCAUUAGAUAGUUCAUUAUGCUUCCGAUUUUAUCAGGAAUUGGGUUGAUCCCACGUAUAGUCUAUUUAACAGGAUCAAAUUUUCCAAAAAGAUAAUCGGAAUACACGCCGAAAGUGUGGCAAAACAUUUUAACAGGUGUCGUCCUGAAAAAUCGGAGAUAAAGAGUGUGAGGCACUAAAUCAAGUUGGGUGUUUUCAGCGUUUAGACUCUGGAGAGUUGAAAUCCACGGUGUCUAUGACCAGAUCAUACAUCAUUCUCUGCAGGUACCUCGUCUGGGAUUACCGGCUGGAGGUUGCCUCUUUUCUGCCAGGAGACUACAGUUAGGAAGUGACUCCUGUAAGAAAAUCCGUCACGAUUCAAUAUGGUCCUCAUCCUCGUAGGACACUCCAGGCACCUGCCUAGAGUAAGAUGGCGCUUUUCGUAAGCACCUCUUCAGGACAGAGAUUUCCAUAACGAGAGUCACGCCCUUGGAGGCCAUCUUUGCCAUUAUCCAAGAUGGUGAGCCGUGCAGCCUCAUCGUUUCCAGGUUUCAAUAUGGCUCCCCGCGUCACCGAAAAGGUUAAUCUCAGAAACUAACUUGAACUUGCGCGGAAGUGACGCAACAGAAGUUGUCGCGCUUUGCAUCUCCGCCUCCCGUGCUCCGCCUCCGGUCUUACGUUUCGCCCCCGGCAGCGCGGACAGCGGACCCAAGAUGGCGACCGAGUUGGAGUACGAGUCCGUGCUGUGUGUGAAGCCAGACGUCAGCGUCUACCGGAUUCCGCCCCGGGCCUCCAACCGCGGUUACAGGGCCUCUGACUGGAAAUUAGACCAGCCUGAUUGGACUGGUCGCCUCCGAAUCACUUCAAAAGGGAAGACUGCCUAUAUCAAACUCGAGGAUAAAGUUUCAGGGGAGCUCUUUGCUCAGGCACCAGUAGAACAAUAUCCUGGUAUUGCUGUGGAGACAGUGACAGAUUCUAGCCGCUACUUUGUAAUCCGGAUCCAGGAUGGUACUGGGCGCAGUGCUUUCAUUGGCAUUGGCUUCACAGAUCGGGGAGAUGCCUUCGACUUUAAUGUCUCCUUGCAGGAUCACUUCAAGUGGGUAAAGCAGGAAUCUGAGAUUUCCAAGGAAUCUCAAGAAAUGGAUGCUCGUCCUAAGUUGGAUCUGGGCUUCAAGGAAGGACAAACCAUCAAGUUGAGUAUCGGGAACAUUACAAACAAGAAAGGAGGUGCUUCUAAGCCCAGGACUGCAAGGGGUGGGGGUCUGAGCCUACUCCCACCCCCGCCAGGAGGCAAAGUCACUAUUCCCCCACCAUCCUCCUCAGUUGCCAUCAGCAAUCAUGUCACCCCACCACCCAUUCCGAAAUCUAACCAUGGAGGCAGUGAUGCAGAUAUCCUUUUAGAUUUGGAUUCUCCUGCUCCUGUCACGACACCAGCACCAACUCCAGUUUCUGCAAGCAAUGACUUGUGGGGAGACUUCAGCACUGCAUCCAGCUCUGUUCCAAACCAGGCACCACAGCCAUCCAACUGGGUCCAGUUCUGAAUGGCAUUGGCAGGACAUUAAGGACAGACUUGAGGAAUAAAAAUGACCUUGAGGGCACCAAUCUGUGAGGGAAGUUAGGAACCCAUUUCCUCCCCAGAACCAGAAUGACUGGAAAAUCUUUUUCAUAGCUUCUCCAUCACAUUCAAGCUGGUUUAUGUCACUCCCCUGUGUUGUUACUUGUACAGCCAAGAAAGUAUCUGUUAUCUCCUGCUUAGUACCAAGGUAGGGGACUAGUGGAUCUUAUCAUAGUUUUGGCUGACUAUGCAGGGCUUAAAAGGCCAGCGUCUGUUUGAGGGGGAAUGACCUCUAACAUCUGUAAAAUUUGUCUCAUCUUUUAAAUUCUUUAACUUAUUUCAAAAUCAUCUCAUGACCCUUGUGUGCCUCUUUGUGAAGCCCUAUUUAGCAAUUUCAGGGGAGUCAAAAACCUUGCAACUUCCUUCUCCACUAACCCAGGACUAAAAAUGGACAGGCUCACCUCAGUGUUUACAAAUUCAGAAUUUUGAUAGGGGUAGAUAUGGAGAAAGACCUAUUUCCUGGGUCUCUGCUGUGUAGUCUCCUUCAGGCUUAUUGUACUCAGUGAACAUCCAGUGCUGGGUGCAGCUCCAUCACCCUCUUAUGUGUUUACAUGUCUCUUUCUAUGAUAAGAGGGUUGUGUUGGUGGCACCUCCACUACUCUUUUCUGUUUGUUGAGUGAAUUGUGUAACAUCUUUGAUCAGUGGGUGUCUCUGUAAUGAAGGAGGUUCAAGAGGCUGUGCUUUCCAAGUGAUAGUCUAUAGGAGUGUUUAAUUUCUUGCAGCUCCAUCUGGUUGCUGCAUUUGAAGCAUGGCAUUAAUUUGUAUUUGCUCUGUUCUUUGACCUAAAGUUGAAGGGUUUAGAGUUUUUAACCUGAUCUGUAGAGCAGAGAGGUUGAAAGCACUUAACUCUUGUUUAGUAUCCUCAUUGCCUUGCUGCCUGGGUAUCUGGCCCCUUUCCAUAAACAUUUCUUUUCAGUUCAUGUAGUUCUUUAAUAGAAAGCUGCUGUUAUGUAUAUUGUCAUUUGUGAAGGAAGUUGGAGAGUCACAGCUUUACUGUGACAGGUUUUGCCCAAGGCUUUGAUACCUGUCACCCAGCGUAUCUUAAAAGCAAGUUGUUCUCCCACUACUUUCCUUUCCCUCUGCCCUGCCAUUCCUUUUACAAUGCUGUGAAAAAAGUUCUGCUUCUUAGGUGAAUGGGGUACUUUCUAUUUUGUUUCUAAACGAGCAAUUUUGAGGAUGAAAUGGGAAGAUAUCAUUGCUUCCUUUUUGCACCUAUUGGGUAUGUACACUCUGGCCGAAGGGAGUCCUUAUGUUUAGUUUCAAAAUAUAUUACUUUCCUGGAUUCUCUUCUUCACUUUUUCUGACUUUGGGUCCAUUUUCUUUUCAUUGCCUCCUUUUCCAGGCAGCUCUAUUCUUGCAGAGCCAUAGCAGGACAUAUUAAAAUUCCAAUAGAAAACACUAAAAGGAAAGUCUGUGGAAUCACUAGUGACUAAAUACUGGGAACCUAUUUUCUCAAUCUUCCUCCAUGUUGUGUUCUUUGUAUUCUCGAGAUGAUAAUAUAUUAUGUAUUUGAAUUCCUGAAAAAUGGAAAAUGUUUAAGAUAUAUGUAUAUAAAGCGUAUGCUGUAUUGGUGCAAUAAUGGUAAUUAAAAAUAUGAAAAAAGUG